AUGGUGAACGUUGAGCGUAAGAUGCAGCUCCGUGCUGGCAUCGAUGCACGGAAGGCAGAACGUACACGGAAAAAGGACCUACAUGAAUUUCAAAAAAGUAACCCAGACACGGAGCCACCAAUUGGCUUACGUACAGAAAUCAUUGACCCGGACGUUACACAGAAGAAACGUAAGGAGAAGGAGGAGGAGGACCGACUGUUAGCCAUCGAGGAGAGUGGCAUCCGAUGGCUGGGUGCCGCCAGUAGAGUGCCAGCGGCGAAGUUGGCCAACAGAGAGUUGUUUGAGAUGAUGUUGGAGACUGUCCUAAGCAUUGAAAAUAUUCGAUGA